AUGGCGCCCCUCGUCCCAAUCGCCCUCCUCUGCAUCGCCCUCUGCCUCGCCGCCGCCUCCUCCUCGUCGGCGGCGGAGUGCGGUCGGAACACCACCCUGGAGGGCUACACUGCGGACCUGCGCAUGUCGCAGCACCAGCUCCGGGGCCGCGUGGCCGUGCUGGACGGCUGCUCCUUCCGCGUCUCCUCCCUCGACCUCCUCGCCGGCUCCGCCUCGGCCCGCUGGUGGCGCGCGGACGGCGCCGACCUCGAUUCCCUCUCCCGCGGCGCUCCCGCCGCCCAAGAACCUCUCAACCGCACCUUCGCCUCCGAAUCCCUCGUCUUUCGGCUCCUCCCGGGCCUCUCCUGGCCGCUCGUCCCCGUCCUCGCCGCCUUCGACCCGCUCACCUCCUCCCUCUUCGGCUUCGUCCGCCUCCCCUCCAACGCCACCUCCAACUCCUCCGACGCCUCCACCGCCAACUCAUCCGCGCCCACCAUGUUCAACUCCUGCGCCCAGCUCUCGCCGCGGUUCCGGGUGCGGUGGACGCUCCGCGAGGCGGAGAACGCCAUCGACGUGGGCCUCGAGGCGGCCGUCGGGUCCGAGUACUACAUGGCGUUCGGCUGGGCGGAUCCCGGCGCCAAGCCCAACGCCACCAUGAUCGGCGCCGACGUGGCCGUCGCGGGGUUCACCGAGGAGGGCCUCCCGUUCGCCGAGGACUACUUCGUCACCCGGUCCAGCGAGUGCCUGCUCCGCGCCGACGGCACGGCGGAGGGCGUCUGCCCGGACACCUUCUACGGCCGCCGCAACGGCACCGGCGACGCCGACUCGGUCAACAACACGCGCCUCGUCUACGGCCACCGCCGCGACGGCGUCUCCUUCGUGCGCUUCUCGCGCCCGCUCGCGUCGCCCGACAAGAGGUACGACGUGGCGGUGGACGCCGCCAAGAGCAUGACGGUGAUCUGGGCCAUCGGGCUGCUCCGUCCGCCGGACUCGCUGAGCCCGUACUACCUGCCGCUGAACCACGGCGCGCCGGCGGGCACCGCGUACGGCCACCUCGCGCUCAACCUGUCGGCGUCGGCGAUCGAGGGGUGCCGCGGGCCACUGGACGCCGAGGACAAGGAGGACCAGGGCCGGAUCACGGCCGAGCGGCAGACGCCGCUGGUGGUCACGGCCGGCCCGGCCAUGCACUACCCCAACCCGCCCAAUCCCACCAAGGUGCUUUACAUCAAUAAGAAGGAGGCGCCCCUGCUCAAGGUGGAGCGCGGCGUGCCGGUCACCUUCUCCGUCGAGGCCGGCCACGAUGUUCCGCUCUACAUCACGUCCGACGCCGUGGGCGGGAACGCCACGGCACGGAACACCUCCGAGGUCAUCUACGCCGGCAGUGAGAAGUCAGAGGGCGUGCCGGCGACGCCGACGGAGCUCGUCUGGCUGCCGGACCGGAACACGCCGGACGUCGUGUACUACCAAUCCCUGUAUGAUCCCAAGAUGGGGUGGAAAAUUCAGGUGGUCGAUGGAGGCCUCAGUGACAUGUACAACAACAGCGUGCUGCUGGACGAUCAGCAGGUCACCUUCUUCUGGACUAUGUCCGCCGACUCCAUCAACAUCGCCGCCCGGGGCGAGAAGAAGAGCGGGUACCUCGCCAUCGGCUUCGGCAGCGCAAUGGUGAACAGCUACGCCUACGUUGGAUGGAUCGACGCCAAUGGCACCGGACAUGUCAACUCCUACUGGAUCGACGGGAAGGACGGCAUGAGCGUGCACGAGACGCACGAGAACCUCACCUACAAGAGGUGCCGGUCGGAGAAUGGCGCCAUCAUAUUUGAGUUCACCCGUCCACUGGCGACUUCGUGCAGUGGAAGGGUGGAGUGCAAGAACAUCAUCGAUCCCACAACUCCUCUGAAGGUCAUCUGGGCCAUGGGUUCCCAGUGGUCAUCUGGCCGAUUGAGCGUGAAGAACAUGCACUCUGUCACCAGCAACCGUCCUGUUCGGAUCCUCUUGCUGAGUGGGUUGGCGGAGGCGGUGGAGGAUUUGCGCCCGGUGCUUGCUGUUCAUGGAUUUAUGAUGUUUGUGGCAUGGGGAAUGCUGCUUCCCGGAGGAAUCGUGGCGGCGCGGUACCUGAAGCAUGCCAAAGGGGAUCUUUGGUUCCAGGCUCAUACAUACCUUCAGUACUCUGGCCUGUCUGUCAUGUUCUUGGGCGUUCUGUUUGCAGUUGCCGAGCUCCGGGGCUUCUCUUUCAAAUCAACACACGCUAAGAUCGGCGUGGUGGCGUUUACAUUCACUUCUAUGCAGCCGGUCAAUGCUUAUCUUCGGCCACAUAGAGCAGAGAAUGCAGAGAUUCUGUCAAGAAACAGAGUGAUCUGGGAAUAUCUGCAUAUCUUUACUGGGAGGACUGCUUUGGUAGCCGGUGUCACGGCACUCUUCACCGGCUUGCAGCAUCUUGGGCACCGGUACGGCAGCAAGACGAUCAAGGGGCUUACAUGUGGAUUGGUUGUAUGGGUUGUCAGUGGUGUGUUGGUAGUGGCUUACCUUGAGUACAUGAAGGUUAAGCGAAGAAGAGAUGGCGCCGAUGGCCUCUCGCACAAAUUCGUGCUUGGCAACACUGAGGAAGACGAUUCAGUUGAUCUUCUCCAUUCCGACAGGUUUGACAGUAAAAUGGACUCUGGUUCACCUGGAUCGAUGGAAGUGCAGCUUCAGCCACUGAAAGGAUGAACAUACCUUUUUUUGGUUAUACCUAUCAAUAUAAAGGAUUUUAGUUCAGAUUCUGUAUAGACAGAACAAAAUGGAGAUAUACUACAUUGCAGGGUAGAAGGAUUUUACUUUUAAGUACUCUACUGAUGCAAGGAAUUAGAGGGGCUCCUCUUUGGCUGCAAAGGAGGUAUUAUCAUGCCACUGGUGUAGAAUAGGUGCUCUGUUUCAUCUUGUUUGAACAUAGGUCAUGUUGUUUUUCUUAGUCUUCUAACUU